AUGGCCGUCCAAGAACCAUUGGUUCCGCACCAUCAAGUGUUUCUUAAUUUCCGAGGAGAGGAGCUUCGUGACGGUUUCGUCAGUUAUCUGGAGACUGCAUUGAAAAACGCUGGGAUCAAUGUGUUCAUAGACAAAAAUGAAAUGAGGGGAGAAGAUCUAACCGUUCUUUUCCGUAGGAUCGAAGAAUCAAAGAUUGCGUUGGUCGUGUUCUCGAGAAGGUACAUGGAAUCAAAAUGGUGUUUGAACGAGCUGGUGAAGAUCAAAGAAUGUGUCGAAGAAAAGAAACUUGUGGCCUUUCCCAUAUUCUUUAAGGUCAACCCAAUUGAGUUAGAAGAACUUUUCUAUGAUGCACGUGAGAUUCAUAGCAAUGUGCAGACUCACAUUAUGGAGAAAUGGAAGGUGGCAUUGGAGUGUAUUAAGUCAAAGAUGGGCUUGACUUUGAAGGAACAGAGUGAGGCCGAUUUCGUCAAGGAAGUCGUGGUCGAGGUCAUGAAAAGGCUCAGCACCAUUCCAUGUAGUAUGGAAGGAGAAGAGAAAGUGGCUAGUCUCUUUGGAAUCGAACAUCGGAUCAAGCAAGUCGAGGAAAAGUUUGGUUUCGGUUACAGCGACGAAACUAGAAUUGUGGGAAUUGUUGGGAUGCCUGGUAUUGGCAAAACCACUCUCGCAACGGAGCUGUUCAAGAGGUAUCAAAACAAGUUCAUUCGCUGCGUGAAUUUUCUGAAGAUCCGUAAGGAGACGGAUGCUGGCCAUUUGAGGAUGACGUUCCUUAAAGACUUACUUCCGAAGACAAAGACAAACAUAACUGAUAAGACGACGUAUGACUGUCUGAAGAGUGAACUGGUCGUGAACAAAGUCUUUGUUGUUUUAGACGAUGUGAGUAGCGAAAAACAUAUAAAGACUCUUCUUGGGGACCUAAGCUGGAUCAAGAAAGGAAGCAGGAUUGUUAUUACAACCCGUGACAGGGCAUUGAUCGCCGACUUAGAUCCAAAUCCUUACGUGGUUCCAAGAUUGAACCCUCGAGAUGGGUUGAUGUACUUCAGCUUCUUUGCUUUAGGGGGUUUCAAUCCCGAGAUGGGAGAUUAUAUGAAAAUGUCUAGAGUGUUUGUGGAUUACGUUAGAGGCAACCCAAAAGCUCUCAGAGAAUUGGGUAAGGAACUUUGUGGGAAAGGGGAGACGCUCUGGAAAGCACGGCUUAAUACAUUGACAACAUGUUCCAACAAGAGCAUUCAAGAUCUGUUGAAGAUAAGCUAUGAUGAGCUUAGUGAAGAGGAGAAGGAUGCGUUCCUUGACAUUGCGUGUUUCUUCAGAUCAGAGGACGAGUUUUAUGCGAGAAGCUUACUGGAUCAUGGGGAUCAUGAUGAUGAGUCCUCUGAAGGUGCCAGUGAGAUAACGGAUCUUGCCUACAAGUUUCUAAUUAGUAUAUCUGGCGGACGCGUAGAGAUGCAUGAUUUACUUCAUACAUUCGGCAUGGAACUUUGUUCGUUAUCAUCCACAGAAGAAAAAAGUAGGCUGUGGAAAUGUCAAGACAUUGUCGCUGCAUUGCAUGACAAGAUGGAUACCGAAAUUGUGACAUCUGUGAGAGGCAUUUUUCUAGACAUGUCUCAAGUAACGGACAUGCCUUUAUACAGUUGGGUCUUUGCCAAAAUGUGCAAUCUAUGGUACCUUAAAUUCUACACUUCUACUUGUCCUCGAGAAUGUGAAGGCGACUGCAAGUUAAAUUUCCCUGAUGGACUUUCAUUACCUCUGGAAGAGAUCCGGUACCUGGACUGGCUGAAAUUCCCGUUGGAGGAACUUCCAUCUGACUUCAACCCCAAGAAUCUUGUUGAUCUAAGGCUGCCUUACAGCAAGAUUAAACAAGUUUGGAAAGCUUAUAAGGAUACACCGAAACUGAAGUGGGUGGAUCUUAACAACUCGAGAAAGUUGCAGACGUUGGCAGGGUUCUCAAAGGCCCCAAAUCUUUUGAGACUAAAUCUUGAAGGUUGCACAAGCCUAGAACGUUUAUCUGAAGAGAUGCAAACAAUGGAAAGUCUUGUUUUCUUGAACUUGAGAGGAUGCACAAGUCUCUCGCAUCUUCCGCAGAUGAAUCUGAGUUCAUUGAAAACUCUUAUCCUCAGCAGCUGUGCAAAGCUUUAUAGAUUUCAGCUAAUUUCCGAAAAUCUAGAAUCUCUCUACUUGGAUGGAACUGCAAUAGAGGAUCUCCCUUCAGACAUUGUGAAGCUUCAAAGACUUGUCUUAUUGAAUCUAAAGGAGUGUAAAAGGCUGAGGAGUCUUCCAGAGUGUAUAGGAAAGCUUAAAGCUCUUGAAGAACUGAUUCUCUCUGGCUGUUCAAAUCUCGAGACUUUUCCAAAUGUUGAAGACAGCAUGGAAAAUUUCCGGGUUUUACUACUUGAUGGGACUUCAAUCUUAGAGGUGCCAAAGAUACUUCCCGGUAUUAACAGCCUGUUGUUUCUGAGGCGUAUAUCUUUUAGCGGAAAUAGUGUGAUCAGCAGCUUAGGAUCUGACAUCAGUCGAAUGUAUCAUCUCAAAUGGUUGGACUUGAACUCUUGUGAGAAACUCAGGUCUCUUUCGACGCUUCCACCAAAUCUCCAGUGGUUAGAUGCACAUGGUUGCAUCUCCUUGCAAACAGUCUCGAGUCCUCUAGCCUUUAUUGUGCCAACAGAACAGAUUCACAACACUUUCACUUUCAGCUUCACUAAAUGUUGUAAACUCAAUGAGGCUGCAAAGAAUGAAAUUGCAUCCCACGUUAGGAGAAAAUGCCAGCUAGUCUCAUCAGAUGAUCACCACAAUGGGAAUUUUAUCUCGACUUGCUAUCCUGGAUACGAAGUACCUGCAUGGUUCAGUCACCAAGCCUAUGGUUCAGUGUUAGAACCAAAGCUGCCUCCACAUUGGUGCGACAACAAGUUUCUAGGAAUAUAUCUAUGUGCCAUUGUCUCGUUUCGUGACUGCAGAGAUCAGAGCAGCCGCAUCCUGGCUAAAUGUACCUGUGAGUUUGAAGACUUAGAUGCACCAUGUAGCCGGUUUAGCAUUCCUGUUGAAAAUGAGCCGCGUAAUAUCGAGUCAGACCAUGUCUUCAUCAGCUAUAUAAGUUGGUCAAACAUCAAGAAACGUCAAGAAGUAGAGUUCAAGAAAGGAUGUGUUCCUACUAGAGCUGUCCUUAGGUUCAAAGUGACUGAUGGGGCUGGUGAAGAGAUUCCACAGUGUGAAGUUGUGAAGUGUGGGUUCAGUUUGGUGUACGAACCUGAUGAUGAAGUUAGUAAUGUUGUUUCUUUGCCGGCGGCAAGGACGAUGUUGAAUGGUGAGAGUAGUCAAGGUGAGGUAACCACUUUCCAAUCUGCAGAAGAAGGUCCUACUGCAAGUCCAACAACAGCCGACUCUACAAGUAAGAACAAUAGUUUCUAG